AUGUCCAACAACCUUCUGAAGCUGUUCUGUCUUGUCGAUGGAGAGGCCACCACCAACGCGUUCCCUGUCGAGAUCGAGUCAACCAAGACCAUUGGCGACCUCAAGAACUUCAUCAAGGACAAGAAUGCUGUCGAGUUUACAGAUGUCGAUGCCAAUUCCCUUACUCUCUGGCGCGUCUCGAUCCCAGAUGCAGACGACGACGAGACCCCUGUCUUGCUUGACGGCCUGACAAGGAAAAAAAAACUGAGGGUGACGAACGAGCUUUCGAUGGUCUUUGACGCCGCUUAUCCAGAGGACACGAUUCACGUUAUUGUCCAGCGACCCCCACCAGAUCCUCAGUAUUUACCUCAGAAGAAGAGGAUUCGUAUUGAGGAAGGUUGGAAGCCAUUUACGGCAUCUGACGGAAUCCGGGUGGAUUUGCCUCCUUCUUGGAUCGACAUACUUGCGAGCACCGAAUUUGUACCCGAGCCGCGAGCAGCAUUCGCUCACCUCAAAGGCAACGUCCAAGCUGGCGACGCAAUCAUUAUGCCGAACAUGGGUCAAGACCCCAAGGACUUCGGAUGUUACGGCCAAGGUCGCAGGCUUUUCGUUACCGAGCAAAUGCUGGAACUUUGGGAUGACAUGCAUCGGGACCAAGAGCGUACGUACAGACGAGUCCUGUCCGGUCCGAUGGGUGUUGGUAAGUCGUAUCUGUCCUAUUUCCUCGCAGCAAGGGCGUAUGUUGAAGGGUGGCUUGUCCUCUACAUUUCGGACGCCGCAGUGUUGGACAAGAACAAGCAGGACGAGUCAGCAUUGCAGGUGGUGAAGCGAUUCCUGGCACUCAACAAAGAUAUUUUGACCGGCGCCGAGUUGGCGAUGCUUUUGAACGACUACGACGGCACACGCAACAUAUCAAGGAAUGCUAUGUCAGUAAUCUUCGGGACGCUACUCAUGUCGCGGGAUCGGAAGACGCUGUUGCUUGUUGACGAGCAUGGGAAAUUGUUCCAACGAAAGCCUUACGUGCCGGACAAGUUCAAGUCUCUGGUUCCUCUGAAGUCAUACCACUGGUGGGGAGAAGACGCCAAGGGGUCUCGGGUGGUUUUCACAGGCACCGCGCACGCCAAGUACGAGAUGGAGAUCCUGGAGAUGAGCUAUAGGUUCACGUCGGUGGUUUUUGUCGGCCCGCUAUCAAGGCAUGUAUUCUCCAAGCUGCUGGACACGCACCGUCGCCUGGCAGCACCAGCCAUCAGAGAUGAGGUCACAGCAAUCACAAACUGUGUGGCGCGAGAGCUUGUGUAUCUGUCAGCCGCCGUCAAGGAUCGCCCGGAACCGAUCUCCCUAGACGACCUUCACAAAUGGACGAAAGACCGAACCAAGGAUUUCCUAGCUAUCGUUACGGUGUACUACAAGAGCCUUGACGCUUAUAGCAAAGAGCAAUUCUACAAGGCCCUCCAGCAAACGUUCCUCGGCAGCACUAGCACAAUCGAUUUCGAAUGGGACUUCUUGGAUCUAGGACUCAUUUAUCGGGGCAAGGACGUCACUCAGAUCGGAACACAACACCACAUUUUAUGCCGUCCCGCCCAGUGGGCUCUUCUAGAGCUGUUCAAGACGCUUCCGCUAGCUGCGAAUACCAGAAGUCGAAUUUGUGACGGCAGCCUCAGCGGGGCCGACUUUGAGACGGCACUGUGUCAUCAGCUCAUAUGCACCACCAAACCAAUUGUGCUUAAUGCAACAGAUCUCAACGGCAAGAACUCGACUACCAUUACAUUGGAUUUUUCCCACUGUGACACUCUCCAAACCGACAAGGGAAGUACUUCCCUUGGAUCCGGCCACAAAAAAGCUUUGACCCGCGGCUAUGAACGAUAUCCUCGGUUUGACUUCAUGCUUGGACUGCUGUUCAUUCAGGCAUCCAUCAGCGAUUUUGAAAGUCACAAUGCGGGCUCGGCAGACAUCAGCAAGGCUUUCAACGUCAGGGAUGCCAACAACAAGAAUCAGAUUGAACGUUACCUAAACGAUCUUUAUGGUUCCGAUCACCACGCCGAAAUUGUGGACAACAGGUUUGUUAUCACGCGGAAUGGUGUUCGUGUGCCUGAGUUUCGCAUAGUCUACAUUCGUGGCUCUCUUGGCAAACCUUCGCAUCGCGGUUUGGUCAAGAAGUAUCCAGAUGUUCGACAUAUCUCCUUCGAGGAAGUCAGGGAGAAACUUUUCAAGAAUAUUGGUACAUCUUCCCUAUGA